AUGCGAUUCUUCUGUGUGUCAACUCUUUAUCCUGUGCUCGCCUCCCCCCCCUUGUUCCUCAGCCUCCAGACCUUUCAAGUGAACUUUGCCCUCGCCUCGCCCCCGAUUCAUCAUCUGGACUGGGAUCGCAGCGUGGAGUGUUUCCAGUUCAACGUUUCGAUAACCUUCGAUAACAGGGGACAAUCGGGCCAGGUGAUGGUUCGCCUAACUGCCCUGCCAACGGAGAUACGCUGUGGAGGCGUCGCAGGUAGUAAGCCUCCUCCGCGCGAAGAGGGUCCCUUCACCUCCACCUUCCGGCGUAACAUUCACCUCGGCGUGGACCUCCUCGCCUUCGACCUCAGCCUCCUUUCC